AGGGUGUCGAGACACACUGACAUCAGGAUCUUCAUCAGAUCACUUCUGCUGAAAUCUGACCAUGAAGCUGGUAUCAGUCGUCCUCAUCCUGCUGGCUCCACUGUUGGUCAGCUGCCAGACGCCCGUUUGGCCAGUCGACUGCAGUGACAUUUAUGAUAAUGACAACAGCCGACCCAGUGGAGUGUACACCAUCUAUCCCAAAGGACCCCCUUCUGCUGUCCAGGUGUACUGUGAGAUGAGUUGGACGGUGUUCCAGAGGAGGAUGAACGGCACGGUGAACUUCUACAGGGACUGGAAUGAAUACAGGACCGGCUUUGGUAUCGCUGCUGGAGAGUACUGGCUCGGUCUCGAGUUUCUCAUGGUCCUGACUCAGGUAAAAAAGUGUGAGCUGCAGGUCGAUAUGGAGGACUUUGAAGGACACAAAGCGUCCGCUCGUUACUCCUCAUUCCUUGUCGACCCAGCGUACUUCAACUACAAACUGCAUGUUUCUGGAUUCACUGAUGGAGGAGCAGGAGACUCCCUGAGUUAUCACAACGGAGUAUCGUUCUCCACCUUUGACAGUGACCAGGACCGCUGGAAUGGGAACUGUGCCAAAUCACACCUGGGGGGGUUCUGGUACAGAGACUGUCACAAUACAAAUCCAAACGGUGUUUAUCGUCGGGGGGCUGACAACACUCUCGAUGCUGUUGGAGUGGAAUGGGCCACUUGGAAAGGUCGUAACUACUCUCUGAAGACCAUCAGCAUGAAGAUCCGUCCUGUGCAGUAGUUCUCCAGGACCAACGUACAGCAGAAUAUCAGCUCAUCUCUUCUGAUUUCUUUCUCUUUCUCUCAUUAAGCAUUUGAUCUCACAACUGGUCUUAUUUUCCUGAAACUGGGCACCAGCACAAGAAAACCAACUGAUGUUAGUAAAUCUUGUUACCUUCUGUGAUGGUUUAAAGCAGUCGCAGCUCGCUGCAACGUGGAAGAAAAGUCAGAUGUGUCUCCAGUUGGACGGCUGCAGCAGGAAAGUAGGGCCCAUAAUCUUUAAAUGGAAACACAUAUAUAGUCUGAUCAGGUGAUAAUCACUGCAUGAACUGAUAACACGAGUCUAAAAGAGAGAAAGAAGUAAAGAAAAUGAAAAGUAUAAAAACCCUUUGCAGUUCAGGACAGCCAGUUGAUGUUUGGUGGAGGUUUGAAUCUCUAAUGUGAAUCUUUAUCUGCUGUACGGUGACAAUAAAUAAGAAGCUGAGCAUUAA